CCUAACGACGCGUGUGCACGCAGCCGGCGGCGUCGAACCCUUGAGCGAAACCGCACAAGGUCAGCGGCGCGUGUUGUGCACGCGCGCAGCUGCUGUCAGCUGACCCGGAGCAGCAGUCCGUUACGAAAAGGCACCUUUUCUAGAAGCAACGAAGGGCAGAUCCUGUUCUUCAGUCCAGGUCGUCACUAAAGUUUGAGUUGACCUCAGAGAGAUGGCCCGAGGAAGCCGCAGCCACCACGCCGCUCCAGCCAGCCCGGCUAUUUCCCAUGCCCCGGCCCCCGCUCAUCCACCUCCUGCUGCGAUGGCUCCGGCUCCGGCCCAGGGUCCGGGCCUGAUGGCCCAGAUGGCGACCACAGCUGCCGGGGUGGCAGCGGGCUCGGCUGCGGGCCACCUCCUGGUCAGCGCCCUUUCGGGAUCCGGUGGUGGAAGCAGCAACGCGGAGCCGGCAAAGCCCACGUACCAGGAGCCCCUCCGGUCGGCCCCGGGCCAGCCAGGCCCGUGUCACUAUGAGGUCAAACAGUUCCUAGACUGUGCCACCAACCAGACGGACCUGACUUUAUGUGAGGGCUUCAACGAGGCGCUCAAGCAGUGCAAGUACUCCCGGGGUGUGACAUCACUGGUGUGAAUGUUCAUCAGAGGUCGUGACGGACAUACUUCAUUAAUAUGUACUGUAAAGAUGGCUACAUUACACAGAAAUGUGAACCUGCACGACAGGCGGCGGGCGUGUUGGUUUUGUAGAUUGACUGUAGGGCUUUUUUCAUGUUCUUGUCAUGUACAGUAAUUAAACCUUUAAUAAAUGCUACCACAUACUUCCUCA